GGUUUCCUCUUUAUUUCUUUCAAUUAACGCCAAUUGGUAUUGAUUAAUCAAAAAUCGAAAUCAGUAACCAGGGAAACGGCGCCCUGUUAUCCCUUUCCUAUCCACCCUAAUUUCCCUCUUUCUCUUUCUCUUCUUCUUCCCCGUUACAAAAUCAAAGAAGAAAUUCUUGGCCAUCGUUUGUUUAGAACCCUGCACCUGCAGCUUGAAUAGCUCAGGUGCGUUUUUUAAACGUACUGGACAGUGAUAGAUUUGUUGGAAUAAUAAAAGGCAAUGCAGUUCAGGAGCAAGGAUCUGCUUCUAUUUUUAUUCAUUACCCUUUCGUUCCUUGAAUGCAUCACAGCAGAUGAUCAAAAUGUAAUUUCACAAAGAAGAAGAGCUCCCCAUAAAAAUUUAGGGGACACUGUUAUAGAUGGCACUGGUACAGAGAAGAUCAUAGGUUCCGAGGAUGAUGAAAAAGCAAUGAGUGACUGGAAAGGUAUUAACACUUACGGCAGAGUGUCUGUGUCCAUGGUCAUGCUUUUUACGUUGGCAAUGGCUGCAGCAACUGGUCUAGGUGCCGUUCCAUUUUUCUUUGUUGAGCUUGAUCCUCAGUGGGCUGGGAUAUGCAAUGGAAUGGCUGCUGGUGUCAUGUUGGCUGCAAGUUUUGAUCUCAUACAGGAAGGACAGGAACAUGGUGCUGGAAGUUGGGUCGUGAUUGGGAUUUUAGCUGGUGGCAUUUUUAUUUUGCUUUGUAAGAAGGUACUUGAACAGUAUGGGGAAGUAAGUAUGCUGGAUAUAAAAGGAGCAGAUGCAACUAAAGUUGUCCUUGUCAUUGGAAUUAUGACCCUCCAUUCAUUUGGAGAGGGCUCUGGUGUUGGAGUUUCAUUUGCUGGCUCAAAAGGUUUUACUCAAGGCCUUUUGGUAACUUUAGCCAUAGCUGUACAUAACAUACCAGAAGGAUUGGCUGUAAGCAUGGUCCUUGCAUCAAGGGGUGUUUCUCCACAAAAUGCAAUGUUAUGGAGUGUGAUUACAUCCUUACCGCAGCCCAUUGUAGCAGUUCCUUCGUUUAUAUGUGCUGAUGCAUUUAAUAAAGUACUCCCCUUUUGUACUGGUUUCGCUGCUGGAUGUAUGAUCUGGAUGGUCGUUGCUGAGGUUCUCCCUGAUGCAUUUAAGGAAGCUUCGCCAACUCCAGUGGCAUCAGCAGCUACACUUUCAGUAGCAUUCAUGCAAGCACUAAGCACUCUGUUCCAGAACUUCAGUCAUGAUUACAGUUCCGAGGAUGCCUCUGGCUUCUUUGUUUCGUUACUUUUUGGUCUUGGACCUUUACUGGGCGGCCUCGUUCUUGUUGCAUUUGCUGUUGCUUUCUGCCUUCAACAUGCUCUUCUCAUGGGUGCUGCUUCUGGCAUUGCCUUCAUCCUUGGUGCCUGGCGACCAUUGCAACUACUUGUAUUCUCUAAAAUGGGACUUUUCCCACUUUUAUCGCUACUAGCUGUAGGCGCUGCAUUUGUCCAUGUUUCAAGCACCAGAAUUCUGAAGAUUGUAUGCAACAAGAGAUCUUCACAUGAUUUGCCUUUGGUUACAGGAUUUCCAGUGAGUGUUCUAACGCUUCAGUCAUUUUUAGCAUGCGGAACAGUGGCUUUCCAUGCAUUGGCUGAGGGGCUUGCUCUAGGAGUUGCCGCACCUAAAGCUUAUGGACUUGGCCGGCACAUGGUCCUUCCGGUCUCCCUUCACGGUCUUCCUCGCGGCGCAGCAGUGGCCAGCUGCAUCUUCGGAGCUACUCAAAGUUGGCAUGGAUCCCUGGCAGCAGCUGCUCUCAUCGGGUUCGUAGGGCCAGUAUCUGCAAUCGGAGCGAUAUUGGCAGGAAUCAAUUACAGCGGUCUGGACCAUGUGAUGGUGUUGGCCUGUGGGGGAUUGAUCCCAUGCUUUGUUAGAAUACUGGAGAGGGCAUAUCGGUUGGAUAUGCGAAAAAGCAGUUGUGGACUUGCUAUUGGAAUCAGCUUUGCCACUCUCUGUUUAACAUGCACCAAGUUAGUUUGCUUACACACCCCUUACUGCGACUCGGCCCCGGAGGCAGUCAGAUAGAUUGUUUAGGGAAAAUAUGGUUGAAGAAGAGAGACCAUGGUCUAUACUUGAUAUUGUGCAAUAGCUAGUUUUCAUAUUUCUACACGAAUUUAAUUAUUAAAGGGAUUUUGGGGUUUUGCUUGGUGACCUGCCCCUCAUUAUAUCUUGUAAGAUUUUUCAUCCAUGUUAUACUCUCACUAAUCAAUUAUAAAAGUUUCCUUUCAACA